GCGUGCCUCUAUUACUCGACGAUAGUUGGCUCCGAAUGCGUCGGGAACUGUACACAGGAACUAUACUGCUCGUGUACGUAUAAUAUCACACACGACGUAUUCGCGCAGCACGUACACACAUACAGCAGGACUUUUUCUCCCGGAAAUCCUAGUCGACGUUCACGUCGGGCACCAAGCUUUUGUGAAAUGUCAAGCACCGUACAUUAUGAUGGGUUGAAUGUCUUUGAGAAAAUUGUCAGAACGAGCGCGAACGAUAGAGCAACAUUCGAAAGCAGAGGCGAACCAGUGAGAGGAAUAGCACGGACGGGGAAAAGUGGGAGUGAAAGUGGAAAAAUUUACUUUUUCGAAAUUACACAAGGGAUAGAGGCACGCUCCUAGUGAAACGUGGGAUUGCUGAUGUUUCGCGGGAACGAUGGAGCCCGAAGAACCUUUGAUACAAGGGAUCCUGCUGUUACCACCGCAGGGAAUGCUAGGCCAACUCAAGAAAACAUGGCACAAAAGGUUCUGUCAGCUGUUUAGGACUAGCAAUUAUGGAAUCAAACGCGUGGAAAUUUAUGACAAUCAAGAGGAAGCUAUAUUACAGCUUCAUACUCCUCGUAUCAUCACCUUGGAUGCAUGUAUCAAAAUUGCACCCAGUAAUCAGUCACAUGUUUUUACCGUUGUGACUAAGUCAGGGAUUCAUUAUUUCGGAUGUUAUUCCGAAUCAGAUAUGAGUCAUUGGAUCACUGCAUUUCAAUUAGUGGCAUUUAAAGAUAGUGUAUCUAAUCAAACAAUAGAGGAAAACAAUGAUCUGUACUGUACCAGUGGGGAAGGAGUAUUUUCUGUUAAAGUUGUAGAGACAGAUGCAUCUAAACGAUGUGGUUUAGAGAGCAGAAAUUAUACUCUUGUGGUAGCUGCAGUUGACAUUAAAUUAAUGGAUGGUGAUGUGGUAUUGUUCACUUGGCCAUAUCGAUAUAUUAGAAGAUAUGGUUACAAAGAUGGAAAGUUCAUUUUUGAAGCUGGAAGGAAAUGUGAAUCGGGGGAAGGUUCUUUUCGUCUGGAGCACAGUAGCCAGCAUGAGAUCUUCCGUUGCAUGUACUCUAAAAUGAGAUCAAUGAAAAAGUUGAUGAAUGAAGAAAGUAGUCCCAGCAUCGAUUGUAAUGAUGCUCAAUAUCAUGCUGCCUUAUCUAUGGAAGCCGGUUCUAGAGCAGCAUUACCUCCAUCACCAAAUAGCUCUGCUAAUUUAAUUGAUAUUGAUUUUUCCCCACAAAAUUCACAAAAACACUCCACCUCUUCUUCGAAUUUAGAUAGUAGUAUAUCUACUAAACCAUCUUCAUCGAUUGGAAAAUCAAAACCUGCGAAGCCACCGCGUAAAUGUGUCUUUACAGGCCUGCUAGAUAAGAAAAAUGUGGAUCCUGAAUUGUCCGACUCGUCCGCGUGUGGAGAGUACAAAGCGUUAAAUCGUGACACCUCUCCAGAGUUGUCACAAAAAACAAUUGGAAGCUCCAUCCUUGAUGAUGAAGAGAAGCAUCCGUAUGAUUUAGUAGAAGUAAGAAACGAUGCUUGGAAAACGCACGGUAUCGAUAAUAUACAUCACACAGAGAGACCAAACUCGUUAUUACAUAAUGACAAAAAUAAAGAAAACGAGGAUGAUUUCCAAUACGAAACUAUGAUGCCAUUUAUGUCUUCUCAAAGCUCUUCAAAAAGUACAAAAAAGGAACAAACCAAUGCAGAAGAAAGAGUAGGCCAGGGUAGACAAAUAAGGCGAGCAGCAGGUCAGAGAAAUGCUAGACGUCGUAUGCAAGCAAAUACAAAUGAGCAAGAGGUCCAUGAUGAAGAUGCAUCUGAUGGCAAUGAUGAAGCGGACGAAAAAAUAGUUGUCCUUGAUCACAAGAUAGGUGCAAAGAAGAGAGCAAAAUUAGUAGCUAAAGCAGAAAAGAAAGUACAAAGGGAAGCAGCAGAAAGGGAAAGAGAGGAACGUAAGAAAAGGGAACAACUUCUCCAAGAAGAAAGAGACAAGCAAUAUGAAAAGGAGCGUGAAGAGGAAUUACGGCAAGAAGAAGCAGAGAGGAAAGCCAGAGAAGAAAAAGAAAGAAGAGAAUAUGAAGAAUAUAUAAAAAUGAAAGAAGCAUUCAGUGUAGAGGAAGAAGGGUAUGAACAAGAGGACAGAGAUGAAGAAGAAAAUUUGUUGCAAGCAUUUGUGCAAUACAUCCAAGAAAACAAAGUAGUGGUCCUUGAAGACCUAGCUGCACAUUUUGGUCUGAAGACCAUCAGUGUAGUAGAAAGAAUACAGGAACUUCAAACCACUGGAACUUUAACUGGUGUGAUCGACGACAGAGGAAAAUUCAUUUACAUCUCUCAAGAGGAACUUGAAGCUGUCGCAAAGUUUGUGAGGCAACGUGGUAGAGUCAGCAUCACCGAACUGGUAGAGAACUCGAAUAAUCUAAUCAAUCUGAGUCCAGUCAAGCAACGUGACAUGGUGGAAGCCAGAUAGACUACAUAUUCAUUUUUAUUGCAAUUAUAAAAUGAUCAGAGUUUAAUAAAUUUAUACACUGUUUUACAUAAAUGUGAUACAUAUCCAUCCAUUAAUUAGUACUCCUGUAACAAAAUUUUAUAGAUUCUAUUUAUUUGUAAAUAAUUUUGUUCAGAAUACAUUUAUUUUCCCCAAGUUUCAACAAAAAUUUCGUCAUUCAAUAUCUUGUUUACGUUAAGAAGUAUGUACCGUUUGAGGGAAGAAAUGUUAACCACAUUUCAUUCAUUAAAAAAAAAGAAUUUCGGUUGUUUUAAAACAACAGUCUGACGCCAGUAUGGAACGAUGUUGCGUCAGAUUCUAGUUUGCCUUUGGUUGAAUGUUUCACCUGUUUAUUUUUUUCAUUCUCCCCUGAAUGUAUAAUUUAUACCGAUGGGUUGGUCACUGAAAACGACUGCUUCGCGAAAUUGCAAAUCUUUCAUUUAAUGAUUGUAAUCAUUUUUUCCGAGUACAUGACGAGGUCGUCGAGGUCAUUCAGGGUGUCAAAAAGAUUGAUGUCCCCUCGAUUUAUGUCAAGAUCCGUCGCCCUUUACGACCAUUAGGUGUCCCAUUCUUCACCCUAAAGUUAGUUCAGCGAGGGCUCCAAAUUUUCCUCGUUUGUUUUAGACUCAAUGAUAAUACUGAUCUACAUUUCCUAAAAGAAUUAUAGUCCCAACUUUGCUUAUCCAAUCAAAUUCAUUGAUAUUCUAACGAAACCGUUUCAUGUUUAAUGCAAGCGAUUAAGGAAAAUUUUACAGGGUAAAUCUUUCCUGAGAAUUAAUAUUCUCUAUAAUUAAUGCACAUUAGUAAUGAACUGGUCAUUCGAGUAAACAAGUUCAAGAUCUCGAGAUGGCAUAAUUGACUCAAUUUCAAGUUACUCGAAAGAUUUUGUGUAAUAAUUUCAUGUUUGGGUCAGGAGGAAAAUACUCAAAGUUUAAGAUUUAGGGUGUAAUACAACUAUCGACUGAUACGAAAAUUUUCCAUCGAUGAAUUCGUAGUGAAAGGUCGAAGUCGACUCAGAGUUUUAAAUGUGGAGAAUAUAAAAAUUCUAAUAAUAUUGUAAAGAGUAUAAUUUUAUUUUGUGUAAAUUUUAUUAAACUCUCAACAGCGUUAAGUUUUAUUUAAGUCAGUAUAUUAAGAGUUUCGUUUAACAUAGAUAUCUAGUUUGAAACUGAAGAGUAUAAUACGCGACACCAGUCACAGAAAUGUAUUCUCAGCUUUCGAGGAACCAAUCUCGAAUCAAAAACCCCAUUAAGUGAAACCAUCCGUUUCACAAUUACGCAUCAGAAAUUCUGCAGCAGUGUGAGGAAGUGGUCGAUCCCCACUCGAUAUAAAUCGGCAAAAGGAAGGGGACAUCCGGAGACUAUGUAAGAGACGCCAGAACCUGCGAGGAGCCUGUAGUCCUUCUAAAACCACAGUGCAAACGUUUCUGACUUGAUUUUUUCCGAAGCAAUCGAAUCGAGCAGACGUCGAACGUACGUUCAAGCCAACGCCGACGAGAACCUGAUAGUUUUUCGUGAAAUAUCAAGAACACCUAUGUGUCGAUGAGGUGCAAAGUCUUAGACUGUCAAGGCAACAUCCCGACAUUUUUACCGAGUGUUAGGCUUGCUAAAAACCUCAGUACUCGCAAGGGAAGUCGACGAGGAAACACCGCAAAUCGUUUAGAACUGUUGGUUCUGGUCCAUUUGCAUCACGUGCCGUAGAUUCUUGCAGGUGAUCGGAAAAUCGGACACAUUUUCGUAUACCGAAAAUUUGUCCGCUUCAAAGACUGAAUUCGAUUGGCUUGAACGGGAUUGUAAUCGGGAAGAAGAAAAUGGGUUUCACGAACAUCAACAGUUCUAUGAACAAAAAGGCACAAGAGGGUGUCAGGAAAGAGAAGAGCCAAGCAGCGACACAACAGCAGCCGAAGAACAAAAGCGAGAAGUAUGGCUCCUGGGGACCAGUGUACAAGAACAAACAAAAUUUCGUUGACAUGCACAUUUGCUGAUAUUCUCCAAGGAAAUCUACAUCAGAUUAGAAUUAAGUUCACUCAAAAGUAGCUAGAAUCUUCCAUAAUGCGUCAUAAAAUAAUUUAAACUUGAAUUACGUCCUCGAUGAAUAAAACAAGAAUUUCGCUUUGA